AAAACUAAUAGAGAGAGUUAGCGACCACCUCACAAGCUUCGUCUUCUUCGUUCAGAGAGCUUUUUGCCCUAGAUAGCGAGCGGGAGAUUCCAGAUUGAGAGCAGCUUCGAGUUUCCCUCACCUCGCCGUUUCUCUUUGCGUCUUCAAGUUUCGUUACCAGAGGAGGUAAGGUUUUGGGCAUUGUGGGUGAGAGUGAUCUGGUGUUGAAGUUAUUUGACUAGUUCUAGGAUGGACUUUGAUGAGUAUGAGUACCUAGAGAAGACUGUUGAGAAUCCCCUCCUGGAGAAUGAAGUUGGGAAUGGUAGUGAUGAGAAAGCCAAAUCUGAGGUGAAAGAGCGGAGUAGAAGCUCAAGGCACAGGAGUGAUGAGAAGAGGGAUGAGGAUGAGGAUGGUCGGCGUUCUAAGCGGUCGAGAUCUCGCCACCGUUCACGUUCUAGAGACAGAGAGAGGGAUAGGCAUAGAAGUAGCAGGGAGCACAGGGACAAGGAUAGGGAUAGAGAUCACGAAAAGAGUAGAGAAAAAGAAGAAAGAAACGGGAAAGAGAGAGAGAGGGACAAAGACAGGGAUCGUGACAGUAAAGGGCGUGACCAUGAGAAAGAUAGGGAGAGAGAUCGUUCACGGCGGAGUAGAAGUCGAUCUGAGAGACGUCGGAGUCAGGAAAGAGAGAAGAGCCAGGAAGUAGAACCUAAGGAGAGAGAGACCAAGGACCGGGAUAGAGAUCGCAGACGCAAAAAGGAGGAUAAGGUAGAGCCUGAGGCUGAUCCUGAAAGAGACCAGAGAACAGUUUUUGCCUAUCAGAUUGCUUUGAGGGCAACUGAAAGGGAUGUUUAUGAGUUCUUUUCCAGAGCUGGAAAGGUACGGGAUGUACGGAUAAUUAUGGAUCGAAUUUCCAGGCGUUCGAGGGGAAUCGGGUAUGUGGAAUUUUAUGAUACAAUGUCUGUCCCUAUGGCUAUUGCUCUAUCUGGACAACCUCUCCUUGGUCAGCCUGUUAUGGUAAAACCUUCUGAAGCUGAGAAGAAUCUUGUUCAGUCAACAACUGCUGCUGCUGGAGCAGGGGGGAUGUUGGGCCCCUACUCUGGGGGAGCUAGACGUCUUUAUGUUGGUAACCUCCACAUUAACAUGUCAGAAGAUGAUCUGCGAAAGGUUUUUGAACCAUUUGGGAGUGUGGAGCUGGUGCAAGUACCUCGUGAUGAAACUGGCCUCUGCAAAGGAUUUGGUUUUGUUCAGUUCGCUCGCCUGGAGGAUGCUAGAAACGCACUGAAUCUAAAUGGGCAGUUGGAGAUUGUAGGUCGUGCAAUCAAGGUGUCAGCUGUAACUGAUCAAACUGAAGUUCCAGAUGCUGGACAGACGCAAGCCACUGGUGAUUUGGAUGAUGACGAUGGAGGAGGCCUGUCUCUGAAUGCACAAUCGCGGGCGCUUCUCAUGCAAAAGCUCGAUCGUAGUGGAACUGCAUCAAGCACUGGCCUUACUACAGCUGCAUCUAUUCACAGUGGAGUUUCUACAAUCUCUCCACUGGCAACUGCUGCCCUUGGACAAGGGUCUUUUCCUGCUGUUGCUGGACUAGUAGGGGCCGGCAUUAUUCCCGGUGUAAAUAUACCAGCUGUGGUCGACCCACUUGGUGUCCCCAGCGAAUGUCUGCUACUUAAAAACAUGUUUGAUCCAUCCACAGAGACUGAACCUCAUUUUGACGAGGAUAUCAAAGAAGAUGUUAAAGACGAAUGCUCCAAAUUCGGAGAACUGAAUCAUAUCUAUGUUGACAAGUACAGCAUUGGUUUUGUCUACCUGAGAUUUGAGAAUGUGGAAGCGGCCAUGGGUGCACAACGUGCUCUCCAUGGGAGAUGGUUUGCCGGAAAGAUGAUUACUGCCACUUACAUGACUACAGAGGCUUACGAGGCUAAAUUCCCCGAGAGUAAGGUCGAUUAAAUGGUGCCGAGACAAAGUUUUUAAUAUGGUUUAAAGCAUAAAUGAAGAUAACAAUCUGCGGUGGUGAAGUUUGCUGUCCUUCAGGGUUAUUACAAAUCCAAUCUUGUGUCCAAUUUAUGUUUAUGUCUUUUUACCCGCUUCUUGUAUUUUUAAGUCUCGGACUCUCGGUACUAUUUAUUAUGUGUGAUGGUAACUGAUAACUUUUUAAAAGUUUAAAUUCAGUAUUUGUAUUAUGCGAACAUGUUUUUAGAUUUCAUUAGAAUGUUUCGACUUUCUAUUUGGCUUAGCAAUCAAAAAGCAAGUUGCCCAUC